AUGGCCGCGCCUCGGCGGCCAUGCCGCCCUCUGUGCGGGCGCCGUCUCGGUCGUGAUUUGGGGUCUGGGGCGGCGGAUGUUUCUCCGCCUGGUGCCGCCGCCUGGGAGCCGGCCCGGCUUCGUCCUCGCCGCGCGCGGGCUGCGGGGCCGCGGGCCCCGCCAAGGGCAGCGCACCGCCGCCGCCGCGGCGGGCAGCUGGCGGUGGGCCGCGCCCGGCUCCACGCGGCCGCUGCCCGCCAUGCCGAACUCCACGGAGGGCAUGUGCAGGCAGGCCGCGGAUGCCGUCAUGCAGGCGUACAGGGACGGCUACACCAGGCAGUCGGUGCGUCCUUCAGGACCGACGUCGUUUUUCGAGAAGGAGCGGGAGACUCUUGUCAGAAGCUGCUCCAGCAGACCCUGCCGCUGGCAAAGAGCUUCGCGUCGAAGCUCUGGGGCGGUGAGUCCCUGAAGCAGGUGAGGACACAGCCCGUGUCCCCCAUCGACGACGAGGUGGCCACCCUGCUGUACCGGGAGGCCGAGAACGCCAUCAUGGACGCUGCGGUCUUCUACCUCCCUGGCCGCGCGGUCGUGACCUCGCCCAGGGUGGGCACGUUCUUUCAGAACAUGGGGGAUCGGCUGGUGGUUCUCGCCAACACCGAGCAGGCGCCCGAGCCGUGGAAAGUGGACAACCAGGGGCAGGAUUUCUACCUCACGUCCACGGCUGACGUUGGGACCGAGAUCUGCCAGAUGUUUGAGAUGCAGGCGUACUACUUCUGCCAGACGCCGAUCAACAACUGGCAAACGACGUUCUUCCGCGUAUACCCUGCCCCGUGGCAGAUCUUCAUCGAGGAUUUUGACCACAACCUGGUCCUGCUCGGGACCUCCCCCUCGAAGCCCGACUACAGCAGGAUCCAGAGGUGGAUGGGCAAGUACGAGAAGGAGAACGGCAUCGCCGCCUGGAAGAAGGUAGGCAAGAUGCUGAAGGACAACCAGGCCAGCGACGGGCGGGAGCCCCCCCGGCGGCCCCUGGGCAUGGGCGCGCGGUGA